CUAUAAACUAAAUUUAUAAUUAAAAUAUAACCUACAUCUAAAUGUACUCUACAUAUAAUAGUAUUAUAUGUUUGAAGAGUUGCAUUCGUUUUUUGUAAUAUAUAAAAGUUUUGAUUACAAAUGAAAUAACAGGUUAAUAUGAAGGAAUACAGCUUAACAAGUCUUUAUAAGUGUAAGGAAUUGUAAUGUUUUUAGAAGUGUUGUGUUGUUUGUUAUCCUUAUGCCGAUGGAAGAUAAUACAGACUUUGAUUUUAAUCCUGUAAAAACGUAUUGCAGGAGUUCGUCGUUGGUGAGUUACUUGUUAACCACUUUGUGAUAUUUACUCUAUCCUAAACUCUAGUCAUGCAUUAGUGUAGUCAUUUUCCGAUGAAGAGAUCAGAUUGUAGAUCUCGAAACAUAGUGUUACUGAUUGUAUUGUAUGACUGAACAGUGGCUAAUGUCAGGAAUAUUCCUGAUCCUUUCACAAUCCUUCCAUUGACAAACACAAGCUUCAAACAAAGUAUAUCUGCUUCUUUUCCCAGUUUAGUUUUUGUUACAUUCAAGGUAUGUAAAAUUUUAAUUCAUAGUUGGUAACAUACUUAGUGGGUUUGAUUAAUCUCAAGCACAAUGUGUAUAGAAUAAAGUUUGUGUCUGUUUCUGUUAAAAAUGUUUACAGUUUAAUUUGUAAUAUUGCAGCAUUUAUGAUUAAUUAAUUCACAAGUAUAUAUACUAGCCAUUCCCCAUCCAUGGACAUUGGAAGGAUGAAGUAUAAUCAUGUUAUGUGUGGAAUAGCUGAUUAUGCUAGCAUGUCCAACCUUUGACCUCAACUGGCUUAUGGUAGGGGUUUAAUUAGGAUAAUAUUUUUAAUAAAUGUUUACUUUUUUAAAUUUACAUAUUUUUGAUAAAUAAGGUUUUUAGGUUCUAUUGGAAUUGUAAUUAAGGAAUAUGUGCAUACGGUAUAUAUAACUAAACAAGAGAUGGACACAUAAAUUGUUCAGGUUCUUUUUAACAGGACUAAAAAUUCAAGAUCAGUGAAAUCUAGAAACACAUUUUCAACUAAACAAUUUUUCAAGGCUAUACCUGAAUACAGAUGUCUAACGUAAAACAAAAGUGUUUCAAUGGUAAAUAAAGAAAGUGUACUUGAAUUAACAGCUACAUGUAACACGGGAAUACGGAAGUAGUAACCAAAAGAUUUAACAUUAUUUAUAAUGAAAAAAGUUUUUUAUGUUUAAUAGAACCGCAAAUGUAUCUAAGAUGAGUAGAGUGUUGUUUCAAUAAUAUUUUUUGAAGUUGAAUUAAAAUAGAAACAAAAUGUAAUUUUACACAUAAUAAGUUUAGACAUGUUAAUCAUAAUUUUUGGAACUAAAAAAAAUAACAGCAAAAUUCAGCUUGUCUUUCCGCCUAUGGUUUUUCACAAACCAUACUAUUUAAUACGUAGAAUAUUUACAAAAUUUGUCAGAAGUUUGCAACCAAAGAUUUAAUGUCACAAUUUAUUUUUUACAUAAGACUGAACUAAAAAGAUUCUGUAUUUGUCCAUAUCCAAGCCAAAACCUUUUGAAUGUAAAGUAACUAUUUUCAAGGUAUGUAAAUUGAAAUGAGGAAUACCUCUGAUAUAAAUACCUGUACUACAUAUUUUAUUCUUUAUUCCUUAAUUGUAUCAUUACAUUUUGUAUAGUUCUAAGAUGUGCCACUUAGCUGGUCUAAACUGCUGUAUUGUAAACUUUUUGUUUUAGCACUGUUCAUGCCCUAGAGGAAUGUGUGUUCUUAUAUAUUCAAAGUACAUUAUCUUAUUUCCAUCGCUUUAGUCCAUAAAGCAAGUUUAAAAUAUAUAUGUAAAUAGAUGUUAUUGACUUUUUCAAUUAUUUCCACUCUAUGACGUGCAAUUUGAGAGAAAUACUGUUUUUUAACUCUUCAUUUGCUACUGUGUUUCAUUAUAUCACUCAAAAUGUAAGAGAGAAAAAACAAUAUCAUUCACAUAUAUUACAAGUUUUUAGCUAAAAUCCUGUUGAAACUUUUUGUGUUAAAAAUAAACCAAAUUUCUUUUAUUCUUCUUUCUACCACUUACCAGUAUACCACAUACUGAUUUCAGUUAAAAUGAUGUCAGAAAUGUAAUCGAUUGAAGAAAAAAAUUGGGCAAUAUAGAAUUAUGGUAAAAUGUGCACUUGCUAGCUAGUUGAAAUUAAUUUACGCCCACCACCCCCAAUUUAUUGUUGUUACCAGUUACUUUAAGCAUUUUGUAAGAUAAAACAUCUAGCUUUCAUCAAGAAUUGUAAUAUAGCAAUUUUUUUUAGCUCUCUCGCAGUUGUAUUGAUGUGUACACUAAACCUGUUUGACUUAUUGUUGAUAGAUUGUAUCCUCACCUUAUAUUUGCAACACGUAGUGGUCAGAAUGUGGUUUUCAUUAUUGUAAUUGUAAAUUUGUACCCAUAUUGUUUAAGUUGCCUGUAGCGUGAACAAAAUAAAUUGCAAGUGAACAAGAUGAAUGCAAUGCAGGAUAUGUUGUAAAUUCUAUUUAUUGCUUGAAGGCAGGCACUAAAUGUAAAGCUUGUACAAAAUUAACUUCUUCAUCUGCUCUGUUUGUAGCUAUAAAAACUUUCUGGAGAAAGGAUUUAAAUUUCUGUUUUAUUUGUACAUGUUGAUUGGUUUCUAAUUUUUUGUUUGUGGAAAUCAAUAAAUCUCGACUAUUGUUGAUGUUCUAACUGCAGCACUGGUAUUUGUAGUGAGCAUUAUAUUGUGUUUAUCGCUGUAAUUGUGCUUAAACGGAAGCAACUAACUUAAUUUAAUGAGAAUUUACCUCUGCCACAUAGGCUAAUGCAUAGGAAGAAAAGCACAGACUGGUUGUGGGCUUCCGACUUAAUCACAGUUUGACACUUGGCAAGCUUCUUGUUGCUAAGGCCACUUGCAAUAGAAAUAUGGUUGAUGUUAUGCUAAUAUCUGUUGUGUAUCGUCAUAAUCGUGUAGUUCCAUAGAUGGAUUUGUCACUUGUAACUUUUGCCUAAUUUUGAAUUUAGUUUGUCCAAGUAGUCUUUAAGAGUCAUAUUUUUAGGAUAUCUAGUGUGUUGAUCUGUUGUGUUACAAAACAAAAUAUUUUUCUCGUGCUGUGAUAUUUAACUUAUGGUUUUGUUGAUCAGCCCAAUUGUGUUUGCAAAUAAAAUAAAACAUUAGUAUCCACAGUGUAACCUGGCUUAAAUGUAACAAAUUAAAAUUGUAGAAGUGGUAGGAAGAAUCAGGCAUGUUGCUGAAUGCAUUGGUUUGAAAAUUAUUUUAUUAUGAAUAGAUGGUUGUGUUCCCUAAUGUCUAUUUUAGAAGCUUGUUAUGUGGCCAUCAUCUUUGUUUAUUUCUUUCAAGUCUUCUGUUUCAAGUAAAGCAUUUGACUCAGUAGUAUGGCAAGGAAAAAAUUUCUUUCGCACGUUAUAAUCUAACUAAUAAUAAGAUUAUAUUAAUUAUUCUAGUCUGUUCAAACAUGGCGUACUUCCAAAUAACAAUAUAUUAUUACUAAUAAUUCUCUAGUCCAUCUAGCAUUAUGGGUUUGUUCUUAUUUAACUAGAACUGAGCUUUUAUAGAUUUGGCAUUGCAAGACGCUACAUGGAGACGCUUUAUAGCUUGAAAUUUAUAUAUAAAGACCGAUUUCUGCAAUUAGAAAUAGAUGACAGAUUGUUCUAUGGGAAGGAGCUUCGUGUGGCUUUUCUUUUCACUGUACGAUUUGUAAAUUAAACUGUAACCAAGUUCUUCAUUGUGGGAAAUUGUAAAUGCAUAUUCAACUGUCGUAUGUAACUAAGCCCUCUUGGAGUAUCUUGAAUAUUUCACAGAUGCAUGGCAUGUUAAAAAAACUAUUAAUUGCUGUUGUCUUUAUAAAAUUGUAAAAAUUGUUUUGCUUGAUUGUUACUUCUUUUAAAAUAUAAAUUGUAAUGCUCAAAGCACAAAAGUUGUAUGCACAGUCUAGUAUAUUCUAGGAGUAGAAUUUGCAUUUACUGAAAUCGUUCAAAAUGAAAGGAUCAAAGCACUUGUCAUAUUCCAAAACAGGAAACUAAUAUUUAUCGUUUAACUUUAAAUUGUUACGAGCAGUCGGUGAGUAUUACUUGAUGACGCUUGAUGAAGGCAUUCACUACAAUUUGUUAAACUAUUAUAUUAAGAAAAUGAUUGUGUUCUCAAGUAAUGAAACUCGCUUUGUAUGUUAUUAUUAUAUUUAUUAUAACAAUGAUUUUAAUACACUAAAACGGGAACUUGGGUGUACACUGAAUAUUUUAAUAUUGAUUGUAUACUGGUCAUUUUACAUAAAUGGAACUUAAGAUAUCAAUUUACUACAGUGUGUUCCAUUUAUAUAAAACAUAACAAGUAAUUUUAUAUUGUCAUGUCCAGACAGUGAUCGUGUUACAAACGACAAUAAAAAGUAAAGUAUUUACAAUUUGUGACAUUGUUAUGUCCAGACAAAGUUACUGUUACCGAACAUGGAAAAGGUGCUUACUGCAAUAUAUAAAAAGUUUUGUCCAGGCAGUCUUAAGAAUUGUGUUAAAGUGUUUACUAAUGUGUAUGUACAGGUAAUAGUUGUGUUCUCAGCAAUGGAAAUUGUAUUUAUUACCAUUUUGUUGCAUGGGUAUUUUUAUACAACAAACAUUAAGGUAUACACUUCAAUAAAUUGCAUUGAAUUGUUGUUAUUGUGGUACGUCCAGGUGGUGUUCCACUUCCCCAACAGACAAAGGUUACAAUUACCCAACAAAUUUUGUCCAGGCCAUGAUUAUACUUUUGAUUAUGGUGUUUAAUUAUUUACUUUAAUUACUUAUGUUGAUAUGUACAGGUAAUGAUUAGGGUUCAAGCAGUGAAAAAAUAUAUUACUGCAGUUUUUCACAUGAGUAUGUCCAGGCAAUGGUCAUUGUCGUCAAAUGCUGAAAAGUUAGCUGCUACAUACGAAAAUAUAGCUUAGUCCCGACAACCAGUACAUAUGUUUGACAACAAUGGAAAUAACUACUUACUGUAAUAAUUGUAACUUUGUUAUGUCCAGGCAAUGAUGAUCUUCCAACAGAGGAAAUUAAAUAUUUUCUAUGGGUUAAACCUUUUGUUAUGUCAAAAAAGAUUUAUGUGAACUCCGGCAAUGGCAAGUGAGUUACUUUCUACAACCGAUGUUGAUGGUCUAUACAGGCAGUGAAGUAUUCAAUACAAUUUUGUUACAUUAUUAUGUCCAGGUAAUGUUGCAGUUUUCCCGAUAAUAGGUGAAAGUUACUUGCUAAUUUUAUCAAAGCGUUUUUUCUAGGAAAUGACCAUGUUUCUAACAUUAAUGGUAUGAUAAAACACAUUUUCACCAGGUGGUCUACGUGUUCUUCAACAAUGUUUAGGUUUGCAUAUUGGUGUUUCAUUAAUAGUAUGUACAGCAAUAGUUAUUGGAUUUCCUAACAAUGACAAUGUUGGUAGCCUACAUACUUCAACCGUUAACAUUCUCAGUCCAGACAGUAAUUCGUUUUCCCAUUAAUGGUAAUCAUUACAGUAAGUAACAUUGUUUUAAAUUUAAUUCAGUUUGACAUGUUAUGUCUAGGCAGUGGACUCCCAACAAGGAAAAUUAAUGUGUUAAAUUAUUUUAUUAUGUCAAAGCAACAUUCCUGUUCCCCAACAAAGGAAAAUGAGGAAGCCUACUUAAUACAAUUCAUGGCAGUGGUUUAAGCAGGCAGUGACUGUUUUCAUUAACAAAUUAAGGCACUUGUUACAGUAUGUUACAUUGUUAUGUCUAGGUAAGGAUGGUUUUCUCCAAAGAUUGAAAAUCAUGUACUCUUUCAGUUUCUCUUUGUUAUGCACAGGCAUUUACGUACUUCAACAGUGGACAUAGUAUAGUACCAUAGUGUCACAUCGGUAGUAUCUACAUGAAGUAUUAGUCUUUCUCAACAUGGGAGCCUAAGUACUGACUACAAUUUGUUACGUUAUGUUCAGACAAUGCUCCUGAUCCUCCAUCAAUGGAAAACAAGAGACUUUUUAAAAUUUGUUGCAAUGUUUAGUCCACGCAGUGAUCAUUCGCAAUUAGUUAUUUACUAAAAUUUUUCACUUAAAUAUUACCACAAUGAACAUGAUCCCAACUAUGUAAACUAAUGUAUUUACUACAUUUUGUGUCAUUAUCAUUUUCAGGCAAUGAGAAUGGUACUCCCGUAAUAAUAAUAAUCUAUUUACUGUAAUUUGACAACACUGUUAUGUCCAGGUGAUCAGAGUUUACAACUAUGAAAAGUAAAGAAAUUACUAUAAUUUAACAGAUUGUUAUGUCUAGGUAUUGUAUGUUCCUCGAAAAUUGAAAUUAAGUUGUUUAGUUAAAAUUGACAAUAGUAUUAUAUCCAGACAGUGAUUACGAAUCAACAAUAAAAGGAAAGUGUCUACCACACAAUUUGUAAUAUGUUUACAACCAGUUGGUGUUUCGUCCAGGCGACAUAUGAUCUACUUAUCAAUGAAAAGUAAGAGAUUUCUUUUAAUAAUUUGACACAUUGCUAUUUACAGGCAUUGAUCAGGGCCCACAACAAUAAGUAAGAUACAACAACUUGACAAAACCAUUACGUCCAGGUGAUCAUCAUGAUUCAGAACCACGAAAAGGAAAGUAAUUACAAUAUUUUGUCUCAUUGUUAUGUCUAGGUCAGUAUUUCUACCUCGACAAUGGAAAGUAUGGAGUUUGCUUUUAUUUGACAACAGUAUGUAUGAUGUCCAGGCAAUGUAUUAUGGUCUCAAGGUAAAGCAAGUAAAAUGUUAACCGGAAUGUUGUAUCCAGUCAAUGUUUGUGUCCUCUCAACAAUGUCAAACAAGGUAUUUAUUACAAUUUGUACACUGCUAUUGACAAACUUAUAGUAUUCUUCAGCAGCUGCCGUGAGGUAUUUCCUACAAAUGACUCGCAUGUGAAUGUUCUAGAGCAAUGAUUAUUACCAACAGUGAAAAGUCCAGUAUUUAUUACAAUUAAUCAACAUUGUUAUUUUGAGACAAUGGUCAUGGUCCACAACUAUGAAAUGUAAGAUAUUUACUACAAUUCAUUAUUUUGUGUCGAGGCAAUGAUCUUCAUCACUUGUCAACGGGAAGUAAGGUAUUUACUGCAGUGUUACAUCAUUGUUAUAUUUAGGCAAUGGUCAUGGUCCACUACAAUGAAAUGUAAGAUAUUUAUUAUAAUUCAUAAUUGUGAGUACAAGCAGUGAUCUUGAUGCCUUGUCGACGGAAAGUAAGGUAUUUACUGCAGUGUUACAUCAUUGUUAUAUUUAGGCAAUGGUCAUGGUCCACAACUACGAAAUGUAAGAUAUUUAUUAUAAUUCAUAAUUAAUAGAGGAAAAUGUCACUUAGCCUAGUUUUCCUCUGAGCCCCUCAAUUGUGAGUACAAGCAAAGAUCUUGAUCCCUUGUCGACGGAAAGUAAGGUAUUUACUGCAGUUUUAUAUAAUUGUUAUGUUAUGGCAGUGGUUAUGGUCUGCAACUAAAAUGUAAGAUAUUUAUUAUAAUUCAAUAAUUGUGAGUACAAGCAAUGAUCUCUUGAUCCCUUGUCGACGGAAAGUAAGGUAUUUACUGCAGUUUUAUAUCAUUGUUAUGUUAUGGCAGUGGUUAUGGUCUGCAACUAAAAUGUAAGAUAUUUAUUAUAAUUCAAUAAUUGUGAGUACAAGCAAUGAUCUCUUGGUCACUUGUCGACGGAAAGUAAGGUAUUUACUGCAGUUUUAUAUCAUUGUUAUGUUAUGGCAGUGGUUAUGGUCUGCAACUAAAAUGUAAGAUAUUUAUUAUAAUUCAAUAAUUGUGAGUACAGGCAAUGAUCUCUUGAUCCCUUGUCGAUGGAAAGUACUGUAAGGUAUUUUCUGCAGUUUUAUGUAUUUGUUGUGUUAUGGCAGAGGUUAUGGUCUGCAACUAAAAUGUAUGAUAUUUAUUAUAAUUCAAUAAUAUUGAGUAGAGGCAAUGAUCUCUUGAUACCUUGUCGACGGUAAGUAAGGUAUUACUGCAUUGUUACAUAAUUGUUAUAUUUAGGCAAUGGUCAGGAUCCACAGCUAUGAAAUGUAAGAUAUUUACUAUAAUCCAUCAUUGUGUGUUCAGACAAUGAUCUUGAUCCGUUGUCAACGGGAAGUAAGGUAUUUACUACAGUUUUACAUCAUUGUUAUAUUAAGCAAUGGUCAUAGUCCACACCUAUGAUAUUUAUUAUAAUUCAUCAUUGUGAUGUCGUCCAGGCAAUGAUUUUGGUUUCUGUCAAGUAAGAUAGUUUAUUAUAAUUUUUGCAUAUGUUUGUGAAAUAUUAGCACAAUUAUGUGUGGGCUUCUGAAUUUAGAUGCUGUGUUAUACGUCCCUAGUGUUCCGCAAAUGUUAUUUUGUAUUUUUUUUGUGUGUUGAUAUAUAUAAAUUUAAAUACACAAUUGUGACGCCUGAAAUGUUGUAUUUUGAGUUUAUUGCUUGAAUUGUCCUUAAAAGUACAUUAAUGGAAUUUACAUUGUAUUCGGUUAUUCAGAGAGAACAACCUCAUUCCUGCUCUAGCAUUAAUUUUGUCCUUUGUUUUGUAGCCCAGAUGUGAAGGAUGUGCGUAAUAGUACUUACCCAAUUAAAUUAAAAUAUUUAAUCAACAGCCUGAAGUGUAACUAGUUAAAAAUUACCCAUUAUUUGUUCUACAGCAAGAACGUUCCUGUUACAUGCCCUGUAUAUGUUGAAUUUGUCCAAGUAUUUUUCCUUCUUAACUAUUAGCAUAGUCAUAGUGGAAUGGUCUGCUGCACUUGUUGGUUUUUGCCUUUAGGUAUUUUCAAAAUUGGUUGAUAUUACGUAAUGUUAACACAUAAGACCUAUUUUAGCAUUUUGGUGUAACCUUUAUUAGAUUAAACUAAAAGUGGUGCUUUUUCUCUGUGGCAUGGCAAAAUCACAUAUGGAAAUACACUGCAGCUUGAGUUCUCUCAGCAACAUAUCAGUAAUGCACUAGAUAUUGUUAUCAGCAGUAAUAAAAUAUCCUUAAUAAUCUUACACUGUUAUUCUUUUCUUAACUUAUUGGUGUCCAUUUUUUCCAAGUAACUUAUAUUAUGCUUAUUUCAAUACUAUGUAUACAGUUUUUAAUUGAACUCACCUAAAUGAAUUGCCUUAGUUAUUUGUUAAAGUAUUUUACUAAUGGUAAUUUGGUAUUUGGUGUGAUUUUUCAUGGGUACAGACCUUUUAUAGCUUCAACACAUAAGAGGUAUGAUUUUUAUGAUUGUCCUAAACAGUAUGUGCAGGAAAUGACUUUGCUCCAUAAUGGUUGAUUCACUGCAAUUUAUCGUGUUCACUCAUGUAUUAUCUCUGUUUACCAAAAUUGUUAAUUUAGUUGCUUGUAUACUGGCUAGUUAAUUACAGAUAGUGUAUUGUGUGUAUAGCAAGUCACCAUAUUGCCCACUAAUGAAUGAUUAUUUCAUAUAAAUUGUCACUUUGAUACAUUGACCAAAAAACAUUACUUUUUGCAGCAAUUUUUUCCUACAGUAAUUCAUAUCUGGUUAUGUGUUAUUUUGUAUAUGUGUUAUGCAUGUAAUUAUGGCAACCACACUUAGUUUUAUAUUGAGUCAUGUUUGAGCUAGGUCUUUGUUUAGGCACUUUAAAUGUAAACUGUUGUCAAACAGUAUUUGCCAACAAAACAAAAGCAUCAUUGUUUUGGAAGAAUAAAAAAGUUGAACUAGAAAGCCAUUUUAAAUUGACACACGUUCUCUUGUACAUUAGAGCUAUUCUAGAAGUAUGUUUGCCUGCUUAUUGUUGUUGACGAUAUUUACAAUUCUUGAGACAAUAUCAACAUUAUUUACUGAGCAAUACUAACAGAAUGCAUCACACCACAUGUUGCGCAACCACAAGUUGUUAACUGCACAUUAUAUUGUGGAAUAAAAAAAUAAGGUUUUAGAGGAUUUUUUGACUUGGUAAAUGCUCCUUUAUUGUUUAGAGGCUUUCAAUGUCAUUCUUAAAGAGCUAUGAAGGAUGUGUACUUAUAUAGUUCUUGGCUUCUUGGAACGUCAUUUACAUUUGUAACUGCUUCAGUGUACCAGAGUUUGCAAUGGUUGAUAAGAAGUGUAUAAAUGUUUCAGUAACUGUGGUGGAGUUAUUGUAGAAGUGUUAUUAUAGCACUAAUAUGUUGAAUAAAUUGUAAAUCUUAAUAGGAAUUAAUUAUAGGUGUGUGUAUUGGAUUGAGUUUUAUUGUAAAAAGCUGCUCUACUUUGGAUGCAAUGCUUGCGUGGGUCACUUUAUAAAAAAAAAAAAAAAAAAAAAAAAAAAAAAAAAAAAAAAAAAAAAAAAAAAAAAAAAAAAAAAAAAAAAAAAAAAAAAAGAAAGGUACAAGCAAAUUAAUAUGGAUGUGGAGUUUUUUGUUGUGCUAUAGAAAGGCAUCAAUAAAUUAAUUGUAGAAUCUUUAAACGAAUGUUGGUAUUAAUCAUUUUUUAUUUGGUUUUAUAGAUGGUUAUGGCAUUUGUAACGUUGCUUUUUGCUUGAACUACCACUUAAGUCAGUACUUGUGGGAUAUCCAGUGUAUUCAAGUUACUCAAAAAGUAAAUAACACUUCUGCUGCAUUCUGUCACUAUGCAUUUUUAAUUUUACUUAUACUCUAUAGUCCAAUUGUAAAGGAUGUGCUUGAGGGUAGUUCACACCUAUCAAAUUAACAUAUCUUUGUAACUAGGCUGCGAUGUACUAUUCAUUAUUUUUAUAGUUAAUGUUACAUGUAUCUUCUGUACAUGUCUUAUUUCCUAGAAGUGUUCCACACUUGCUUAUCUCUGCUGUUCCAACUAAAAGCACUGGAGUAGAACUGAAAGUAACUGAAGCACAUGUACAUGUUUCUCCUGUUUAGAAGCUUCUGUCUUUUCUUUAUUUUUAUUGGUGUUUUAUAAGUCCCUAUUUUCGUAACUAUGGUGUUUGUUACAGUAAUUCCCGUAGAAACUGUAGCAGGGCUUGAGAAACAAAUUAUGAGUAAUAUCAUAGUAAAUGCAUUGUAUGUGAUACUGAAUAGUUAGUAUAAAAUGUAUUCUUGUACUGAUAUUGCCCACAGUUUGUUUAUGUGAUAAAUUGCAAAACCUUAUCAUCUUUUUAGUCUAACUAAAAGUAAUGCUUUGCUUAGUAAUGGCAUGCUGUUACUAUGUUAAAACCUAUUUGGAUGUUAAAAUAGCGUGACUUGUGUUUUCUGCAUAGUAAAUGUAGCCUGACGUAAAUGAAGGAUGUCCAUUAUGACUGACUUCUCAAAUUGGUAUAAGCAUGAAAUUAUUAUUCUUAAAAAAACAGCUAUAAACUUCUGCUUUACAAACUAUUAUUUACAGACAAUGACUAAAUUAUCAGCAAUAUACCAUAAGGAAAUUACUACUAAUGCUCAUGUUCUUUGUAUGGGCAAUAUUUUAGUUUUAUACCAAUGUAAAUGAAUAUAUUACUAACAACUAUUUGAGUACUGGCAUUGUUGGCAUUUUCAACAAUAAGAUUAACGUCUUUAAAAACUUAACCACAAAUGUGUUUUGUUCAUUUAGACAGUAUUUUCAGGCACCAGAGUUUCCAAUCGUAAAAACAAGGUAUUUACUACCAUUUCUCUCAAGCAGUUUUGUUGGUUUAAAGUGGUAAUGCUUUAGUUUUACAAUACUGUAAACUAAUAUUUGACUACGGCUGUAACCGUGUUUCCAGCCUACUACUAUUUCUCACUGGAAUCUUUGUGAUUUGUGUAGAAAAGUUUGCGUUCUUCAACAAUCUCAACUUCAAUAUUAACAACCAUUUGACAAGAAUUUAAAGUGGUGUUCUCAGGUAAUUUAACACUAUUUCUCCAAUUGUCUGUGUAAGCAAUGUUUGUUUUUCUCAACAUAAGGAAACAAGUUAAUCACUUAAAUUUCUUUAUUUGUGUCAGCAAAACUUGCUCUGUUAUAACAGACACUAAGUUAAUAACUUCCAUUAGUAUUUGUACAGACAAUGAUUGUGUUCUCAAACAUUUGAAAUAACAUUUACUUUGAUUUGUACAUGUAACGCUUGUAUUCCCAGAAGUGGAAAUAACAGUAGCCAUGACUCAUUUAAUAAGUUAUUUACUAUUGAUAAUGUAAAUGUCCUCAACAACAAAGAACUGAUUUAUUUAGUACUGUUUUUCAUGUACAAUUUUGGUGGUCUCAACGGCCCAAUACUGAUAUAUUAUUUGUAUCUCUAGCAAUAGGGUAGAAUAUUAAUUACUGUUUUCUUACUAACUACUUUGGGUUGUUUGUACCAACUAUCUGUACCAAGGUAUAAAAUUCUACAUGGUUUACUAGCAUGUAAAAACGACAUUUUGUGUCCUCCAGCAAUAUUAACAGCGGCCCAGGUUUGAUAGCAUAACUGCAUUACACAGACAGAGAUUUCAGAGGACAGACGUCAGAGUUGGAUGUCUAUUCUGUAUUGGGCGGGUUGCGAGAUUCCGUUAACAGACACAACACAUCUUAAAGUGAGUACAUCUGUACCACGGUGUGUGGACAUAGUCGGAACUGCGGCGGACGGUCAUCGGCGGGACUGCGGCGGACGGUCAACGGCGGGACUGCGGCGGACGGUCAUCGGCGGAACUACGGUUGGCGGUCAACGGCGGGACUGCGGCGGACGGUCAUCGGCGGAACUGCGGUUGGCGGUCAACGGCGGGACUGCGGCGGACGGUCAUCGGCGGAACUGCGGUUGGCGGUCAACGGCGGGACUGCGGCGGGGCGGACGGUCAACGGCGGGACUGCGGCUGGCGGUCAACGGCGGGACUGCGGCUGGCGGUCAACGGCGGGACUGCGGCUGGCGGUCAACGGCGGGACUGCGGCUGGCGGUCAACGGCGGGACUGCGGCUGGCGGUCAACGGCGGGACUGCGGUUGGCGGUCAACGGCGGGACUGCGGCUGGCGGUCAACGGCGGGACUGCGGCUGGCGGUCAACGGCGGGACUGCGGUUGGCGGUCAACGGCGGGACUGCGGUUGGCGUUCAACGGCGGGACUGCGGUGACGGUCAACGGCGAGACUGCGGCGGACGGUCAUCGGCGGGACUGCGGCUGGUGGACAUGUAGCAUCAAGCGGAUGAGCUUCAAGAGUACCCAGUGUUCAAACUAUAAAGUGCCAGGCCCAAAGAGGCUGAUGGAAUUUGUCUUCCCAUGGAGUUUGCUUGAGGAGCUGAUAGAUAUUCCACGGGACCAUUGUGCACAGAUAAUAGGACCUAAGGGCAGAUUACGAAACUUUGAAUGGGGAGCGAACAAUCAUCAGGCAGGCAACUGAACUAUGUGACUGCGGGAUUUAGGUGACCACAUUGAAGGGCGGAUUUCAUGACUACACAGAUAUCGGACUGUUCCAUAGUCGCUGGGUUGCAAGAAAACAAUUGUUGUACUUCUGGACAUAGGGACAUACAUUGGGACUGGCGGUUGGACUAGAUAUUCCUGCCAACGGACAUUGGGACUGGCGAUCGAACUAGGUACUCCUAUCAACGGACGUUGGGACUGGCGAUCGGACAAGGUAUUCCUUCCAAUGGCCGUUGGGAUUAGUGGUCGAACUAGGUAUUCCUGCCACGGACAUUAGGACUACUUCGGGCAAACAUUUAGCAUCAAGCGCACGAACUUCAAUUAAUUGUCAAAUUUAAAAAUUAUAAAGACGCGGACUGAGGUGGACAGAUUCUGGAAUUUCGGAAUUGUAGCGGACGAACGUAGAAACUGCGGGGACUUCGUCUGGGCGACUGUAUGACUAAGGAGGGCAUGAUGUGGCGACUAUUGACGCACCUAUUGAUCGCAACCGAAGGAUGUCAGGACCGCGUCUAAUGGGCAUCUGGUAGACUGCGUGACCAGCGUGCGCUCUUAAUGUUAGGCACAUUGGAUUUCAGACUUAAAGGCAGUACUGCUGGACUAGUAAGGCAUAUAGUGGGACUUCGCCGGGUUAAAUACAGAUAUUCAGCAGGCUGACUGUAGGACUAUGGUGGACUGCGGCGGACUCACGUUGGAAUUACUAUGGAUGGACUGGGUCGGACUGACAUCGGGACUGCGGAGGAUAGAUGUUGGGAUAUUGGCAGGCAGACCGAGACUUCGGCGGCAAGAUGUUGGACUCGGCUGGCUUACAGCUGCUGGACUCGGCUGGCGUGCAGCUGCUGGACUUGGCUGGCUUACAGCUGCUGGACUUGGCUGGCUUACAGCUGCUGGACUCAGCUGGCUUACAGUUGCUGGACUUGGCUGGCAUACUGUUUGUAGACAUUGAAGGGUGGAUUUCGGGAUAACAGCCGAUAGACUUCAGACCGUUUCACACCCACUGUGCCACGGUGGAAGGCAAACUUUCGGAUUACGGCAGGCAAUUGGCGGAACUGGGUUGGUCCAUAAUCAGAACUGUGGUUGGCAGAGAUGUAUCAUCAAGCUGAUGAGCUUCAAGAAUACUCGAUGUUCAAACUACAUGUAAUAGAAGGACGUUAAGACUUCAAAGACGGA